AUGGCGCCGGCCAACAAUGCUUCUAGCGGCGGCAACGAAGGAGAAGCGAGGUACCCGCUGAACGCCGAGUCGUACCGCCUGCUGUGCAAGAUCGGGAGCGGCGUGAACGCGGUGGUGUACAAGGCCGUGUGCCUGCCUCUGGGCUCGUCGGCGUCGGCGGUGGUGGCCAUCAAGGCGAUCGACCUGGAGCGGUCGCGCGCCAACCUCGACGGCGUGCGGCGGGAGGCCAAGGCCAUGGCGCUGCUGUCCCACCGCAACGUGCUCCGCGCGCACUGCUCCUUCACCGUCGGGAGCCACCUGUGGGUGGUGAUGCCCUUCAUGGGCGCCGGCUCACUGCACUCCAUCCUGUCCCACGGGUUCCCCGGCGGCCUGCCGGAGCCGUGCGUCGCCGUCGCGGGCAACAUCCUGGUGGACUCGGACGGCGCCGUCAAGCUCGCCGACUUCGGCGUCUCGGCGUCCAUCUACGAGACCAUGGGCAUCAACGCGUCGGCGUCGGCGGCGAACGCGGCGGCGCUGGGGAUCGGCUCGUCGGCGUCCUGCUGCUUCAACGACGUGGCGGGGACGCCGUACUGGAUGGCACCUGAGGUGAUCCACUCCCACGUCGGGUACGGCAUCAAGGCCGACAUCUGGUCGUUCGGCAUCACGGCGCUGGAGCUCGCGCACGGCCGCCCGCCGCUGUCGCACCUGCCGCCGUCCAAGUCGAUGCUGAUGAGGAUCACCAGCCGCGUCCGGCUCGAGGAGCAGACCGCCGCCGUGAGUAGCAAGAGCAAGAACAAGUUCUCCCGGGCGUUCAAGGACAUGGUGUCCUCCUGCCUCUGCCAGGAGCCGGCCAAGCGGCCGUCGGCGGAGAAGCUCCUCCGCCACCCGCUCUUCAAGGCAUCCGGCCGUCGCUCCAGGGACUUCCUCGUCCGCAACGUCCUCGCCGCCGUCCCGAGCAUCGAGGAGCGGUGCAGCAAGGACGACGACGACGCGGGGAAUGAUCUCUGCGGGUGUGUCUGUUAG